AAAUUCGGCUAACCCUACUAUACUACUGUUCAUUGAAGUACAUGUUAGAAGGUAACCACGGAAUUUAGAACACUGAAGACUGGUUACACUGUGUCAUGUCCCUCUCAAGAGCGAAGUCACUCGCCAAUGUUGACACUUUGUAUUCGGCGGACUCCAUAGAGUUCUGUCCGUUCGAAGGCUUUCAGGAUCUUUUGGUUUGUGGUACUUAUCAGAUAGUGGAGCCGGAAAAUGGCGGAAGAAGAGUGGACGCGGAUGUUUCGGACGACGAACAGGCUCCAAAGCAAACGCAGAGAGUUGGGAGAUUAUUACUAUUCCAGGUUGGUCACGGACACCAGUUACAAGAGUUGCAGAGAAUUGAGACAUCUGCAAUACUAGACAUCAAAUGGUCUCCUAAUCCUACGGGAGAGCCACAACUGGCAGUUGCAGAUGCAAAAGGGCGCAUCACGGUCUUUGGGCUUGAUGUGGAGACCAAACAUUUGAGGGAAGUGCAAAGAUUAGAUGUUGCGGACGAGACAAAACUAUGCCUGUCGCUUGAUUUUUCGAACAGGCGCAAUUUGUUGUCACCCUCAGAAAUCAUAACUUCCGUUUCCAGUGGUUCUCUAGCUCACCUCAUUCCCACCACGUCUGGUUAUGUGCUUUCUUCGUCUUGGUCAGCGCACGAUUAUGAGCCUUGGAUCACUGCUUUUGAUAUUGAUGAUCCGAAGACGGUGUGGUCAGGAGGCGAUGACUGCAAGCUGAAACGAUGGGAUCUAAGAGAACCAAGUAGGCCAACAUUCGUCAAUAAAAAUUUUGAGGCGGGAGUAACAACAAUUACACCUUCACCUCAUACACCUAAUCUAUUGGCUGUUGGCUCGUAUGAUGAGAAGCUUCGCUUUUUUGAUGCUCGCUCGGCUAUGGAACCUCUCCUAACCAUCCCGAUGGGUGGUGGCAUCUGGCGGACUCGAUUUCACCCACGGGCUGAAAGGGCAGGAGAUCUUCUCGUGGCAUGUAUGCAUGCCGGCUUCAAGACUGUGCACAUCUCUCAGGGUAUGACUGGCGGUGAUUGGGAAUCAGACUAUAACAUGAAUGGAUCAGUGGUGAAGAUAUUUGAAGGGCAUUCGUCUUUAGCAUACGGUGCCGACUGGAGUAGGUUGCCCAUGGAAGAAGGGGAAAGCCUUGUGGGCACAUGUUCAUUCUAUGAUCAUACCAUGCACCUUUGGCAGGCUUGAUGGGAGUUGAUAUGUUUACAUAUAUGCAUUACAACUUCUGCG